AUGAAACGAAAGGUGAAUGUGCGAGCCUUCGAGCUGCUGGACAAGUGGAAGAACUGCGACAGCACUGUGGGGAAGAGCCUGGUCUAUGCGCAGAACAAGAUGCGGGCGGAGAAUGAAGGCUUUCCCUCCAUCAUGGAGGUCGGCAAGUCCAUGGGCUUAACGCAGCAUGAAGUGGCGGCAGUACUUGGCUGGACAACUGGGGACUUCAGAUUGAUCAAUCCUAUCGCACGAGGCCAAGAGGAGGUCGAGUUUGAGGACUUUCCGAAGGGCCAAAGGACGAUGUGCAAGCUUUCCAGAGCAGACGUAAUGCCCUAUGUCCAGGUACUGCAUGGUGCGGUGCAGAAGCUUCCAGCCUUGACUUCAACACAGCCGCUAUAUCGUGGGCAUCGGCGCGAAGUUUCUUUGCCCGUGGGAUCCGUAGUCCUGCUGCCAGGCUUCACCAGCACCUCCUAUGACAUGGACGGUGCCUUGGCCUUUGCCAAGCAAGCCAACCAGGGGAGGUCAGCCAAAAGAACGCUGCUGGUAAUCCAGGAGUCCUUCAGCGGACGUCUAGUUGCCAAGCUGAGCGCGCGCAAGUACGAGGCAGAGGUGCUCUUCCCCAUCGACACCUGCUUCAAGGUUGUGGAAGCGUUGCCAUCUCCGGCUACAGAAGCUGCUGCGAAGGCUGCAGAGGAACUGCGGCAAAGCAUGAGCGAGGCGGAGAUUCGAGUAGUUUGCCUUCACGAGAUUGAGAAGCCCGAGGAUGCGACGGUGGUUCCACUCUGA